AAAGCAUAUUUUCGAGUAUUUAUAAAUUUCAUUUUAUUACAAAAUCGAUUCAUAAUUUGACAGAUUGAAUAUUUUAAAAGUUUUAUUAUCGAAAUAAAGAUUACUAUGGAUAGAAAUGAUCUUCAUGAACAAGUGGUUCAAUUCGGCAAUCACAGUAACAAAUAUGAAAUUGAUCAGCAAAGAAAUCCUUUAAAAUCUACAUUUAUUUAUGGUCCAUCAUCGAUUCGACAAUCAAACUAUGGUGGUCAUCCAUUGGAACGAUUGGAAAAAACACGUCUUGCUCGUGAUGAAUAUCGUGAUCUUCAGAUAUUACGUUCGGUACAAGGAAUUCAGGCACCACUUCGUCAAUUAGCUGAACGUAAAUCAGCCGCUAAUGUUGGUCGUUUACCAUUUCUACCAAGUUCAAAUCUAAUGAUGGAUGUUUUAUUGGGUCAUGAUGAGAUGAUUAUGCCGGAAAAUAUAUACGAUCAACCGAAUGAAUUUUGUGAAGUUAAUUUACCACCACAUAUGAUUAUGGAACGAAAAUUGAACAUUUUGUAAUUAACAAACAAAAUUGAUUCGAUGGGAAAAGAAUUUUUGUUUCUUUGAAAAAAUAAUAAUGAAUAAAUGAGUAAAAUUGUCUAAUUGAA